ACAGCGACGAGGAAAAAAAAAAAAAAACUAAAAUCAUUAAAACUUUAGUUUAUUUUAUUUAGUAAACAGUAUGUUUAUUUAAUACUUAGGGAACCUGAUACCACUUUGAUGUGUUAGUGCGUGGUUCUUGUUCAUCUCUCUCUAAGAAAAUAUUUUCUUCUGCCAAGAAAACCAUUUCUGAAAAUAAUCAAAAGUGUAUUUACUGGUAUAAUUUCUUUGUUUUUUUUUUAAAUCUGAAACUUUAUUUUAGCAACUCUCUUCUUCUUCUUCUCUCUUCGUCGUCUUCUACUUCUUUGUUGUUUUUUGUAUUGUCUCACCGAUUUACAGUUUCUUGUUCUUACAUCAUAACAAAGUUUCAAAGAUCCAAACUUGUAUUCUUCAAAAAUAGGUUUCAUAGGCUCACAAAUUUGGUAUAAUAAAGAUCUGGUGUUAUGCAGAAGAGCAGGGUCAAGGUUAAAAGUGAAGAAGUGAAUAGUAGUAACAGUGGAAGAAGAAUCAAAUGUUCUUAUCAUCCACUGAUCAAACAAGUCCUUCUAACAACAAUCCAUCAUCUUCUUCUAAUUUCUUACAUCUGACCAACUCUAGUGAUGAGUUAGGUCAAUCACAUCUUUCAAGUUUCUCCAUCAGAGAUUAUGCAUUUAGUUACCGGACCAAGAACAUCAAGAAAAGCUGGCCUUUUUCCUCAACAAGUUUGCAACUUUGUUUAAAACAUGGCUUAAGUGAUCCAUUGCCACCAAUUCAGCCUCUUGGCACUGUGAUAAGCCAUCCUCCUGAAGUGAAGAAGCCAAACAUAACUCAUGUCGAAGCGAUAAGUAACAAGAAAAAGUCAGAGAAACUUGGCUCUAAUCAGACAUUAGUAGAGAUUAAACAAGGCUUUGAGAAUGGUUUGUUGGCGAGUGGUUCGAAAUCCAAAAUACAAGUAGCUAUGGCUAACAAGAAUCCUAGAAAAAAGGGUGGGUUAGUAGUGAAACCUGGAGCUUGUGUAGAUAGCGGAUCAAAAGAAGAUCAUAGUUGCCUCUUUUCAGCUUCUGAAUCUAUGGCUUUGAGAACUUGUCCCAUCUGCAAAACCUUCUCGUCUGCUUCUAACACUACUUUAAAUGCGCACAUGGAUCAGUGUCUGUCUGUUGACUCGGGACAGCAGCUGAUUAGUAAGCCAAACAGGCCUAAGACUAAGCCACGGUUGAAAGUUAAAUCGAUGAGUGAUAUCUACGCUUCUGCGAAAGAAGGCACAUUAGAAGAUCUUGAUAAAAGAAAUGGAACUAAGUGGGCUAUGAUUUCGAGCUACUCUAACCGGGUUGUGUCUGAUAAUAAACAUGAAGUCGUCAACAAAGAAAAGAAGCGGAGCGUGUUGCGUGUUCGCAUUGAUGAAGAUGCUGCUGGCAUUGGACCUGUUUACAUUGAUGCUAAGGGCCAAAAACUGCGGAUUUUAUCUAAGUUUAACGAGAAAGCUUCUGAUCCAUCAAGAGAGUAUGAAGAUGUUUGUGAGAAGAAAUCUUCUAGUGAAGGUAAAGGGAGCAAAAGCUUGAAGAAAAAACUUCGGGGAGAGAAAUAUUACAAGCAUCGUAAACUAGUUCCUCAAACCAGAAAAGUCACUGUUCGUAAAGGCAAUGCUUCAGAGAUGCCAGAGUAUUCAAGAGGAUAUUCUAAAGAAGGUAAAGACUUUGAGAGGUUAGAAACUUCAGGUCCUGGUCAGCGUAGAAUUUUCAACCAGCGGAUAUUAACAAAACGUCGUCUUUCAAGACAUGGAAAUAAGAAUGGGACAAAAUUUUGUGACCAGCCAUCUGAGAAUGGACAUUCAUUGUCAGAAGAUCCUCUUGUAUCAAGAGGUCCAAGUCAUGUGAGUACUGAUUUAUCCGAGACAGUUUCUUCUCCUAUAAACAGUCUAGGGUCAUGGAGAAUUUGUGGGGAGAGCCAAGUCUCUGGAAAGAGCUGGGCUUUGUCUAGGAACAAAAGCGUUGAAAGUGAUUUAUUUGUAGCAAAUCCCUUGAGAUGUUCAAUACCUGUGGAGAAGGAGUUUUCAUCCAAGGCAAAAGGCAUCAUGAAGUUCAAGAAAGCUCGAUUGGAUUUCUCAGAGAAUGAAGAUACAGGGAAAUGGGAGUCUGAAAUGACUCAAGAACGUGAACUAAGUGAUUAUGAUGAUUGGGAUGCUGAUGAUGGAGAAACUGAUAAGGUUGUGCUAAGCUCAAAUCCUUCGUUUAGCGGGGAAGAUAAUGAUUAUGACAGCUUUGAAGAGACUGGUUAUAAUAACAAAGGAGAUGAUGCUAUGUUGGACAAAAAUAAUGAUGCAGAUGUUGAGUUUGAAAGUAUGAUUUAUGAGAAAACUGGUUGCGAAACUGCGGAACAAGAAAGCUCGUUCAUGGAGGUUGAUCCCAUUCCUAUUCCAGGACCUCCGGGAUCAUUUUUACCGAGUCCUUGGGAUAUGGGAACUGAUGCAAUUGAACAUCAUGGAAAUUCUUCAGUUAUUACAAGCCAAGUCCACUCUUCACAAGAUCAGUUUGAUCUCACUGACAGAAAUUCAUCGGAAUCACCUGUUUCAGCGAUUUCACACUUUGCCGCUCCUGAAACACAGACAUUAAGUCUUCCUAACAUCAUAACCACUGACAAGAGACCUUCCAGAUUCAGAGACAGUGAUCAAUCAUGUUGUUGCCAAAGAAAGGAGAAAGCUCUUGAAGAUACCACAUUUUGUCAACCACCACAACGCAUGAUCCAACAAGAUUUGGAUUUCCUGAGUAAGUCUGUGCCUGCGGUUCCUUCAAAUCCCAACCCGGUGUUGCGGCUAAUGGGAAAGGAUUUGAUGGUUAUUAACCAAAGAGAAGAGCCUUCACACAACGAAUCAAGUCCAAAACCAACCUCUCAGUUUCUACAUCUUUCUAAGACACAACAAGCGUCUCCUGCUGUUAAUCAUCUUCAUCGUCCUUACAGUGGGAGCGGUUAUUUCGACACCAGCACAAGGUUUUACAACAUUCCAUGAAAAUUCAGAUCAAGAACUCUACUUUUCUCCAAGAUACGAUAUAUUCCAUGGCAUUUCAGAUCAAAGUCCAGGCAUUUUCCUUAAGCUUGAGAAUCUUGAGAAGCUAGGCACCUGAAGCUCUCAUGUUUCUCUUUGAUAAAGAGGUUGAGAAUCACAAAGUGGCUGCUUUAGAAGAAAUGGUGAGAUAGAUUAUCUCCUCAUAGGAUGAUAUGAGAGAACUCCACUAAGGUAAAAGGACCCCACUUUUGUUCAAAACUUGUUUUAAAGAUGAAACUUAUUAUAAUGUUAUGAAAACGAAUUUUAAAUAAAAUAUAUAAGAGUUAACAUCAUGAUGCUUCUCUUUAUAUAGAUAUAAAUAAAUGUAUGGUUGAAAUCA